AUGAGCGCAAAAUCUUCGUCUGCAGCCCCCGAUGCGUGGGAGGAUGAUUGGGAGAGUCAAGCUGACAAAAUGAUCGCCGACCCGGCCCCGCCUGCGCCAGAGAAGAGAGUCUCCUCCAAAGUUACUAAGGCUCAACGCCGAGCACAACAAGCCGAAUUUAACCGCCAACUAUGGGCUGAAGCUGAAUCCCCCCAAACUUUCCACUUCCUCGAAGCUCGCUCCAAUGUUCCCCUCAAGCAAGAAUUCAAGCCCACAGUAACCCUACUGAGUCGCAACCCGCAUGUGGCUUCCCGGCAAUCCUCCUCGGCAGUCGAUGCAACAACCGCAGGUGUCGGACGCCUGGGGUUGAAUGCGGAUGAUGACGGCAACUCAGACGAAGACUGUAAACCAUCGGAGCCGACUCCUGAAGAACGCCAAGCCAUUGCCUUGCGCAACCUGGAAGAAAAGCAGCGAAAGUACGAGGAAGCGCGUGAGAGGCUGUUCGGAAGUCCUUCUGCCACUACCUCCGGUGCAUCGUCCCCUCGUAGUGCCACUCCGCCGAAACAACAUGAAGGCCGAGGGAAAGGACGAAACCGUGGCGGUGGAAGAGACAACAAUAGCAGCAACAACAACAGUAGGGAUAAGAGGGACUCUUCUAGCGCAUCAGGGAAGUCGAGACAUCUUUACGACCCAGCGUCUCCCAAGCAGAACACAUCUUAUGUACAAAGGAAAGAGAGGUCGCAGACGGGUGACCGAACCGGGAACGACCCACCAUCACCUCGGCAGCAGCCGAUCCGCGAUCCUCGGGGCCCAGAUGCCAGUGGCAGGGGUGGUUUCCGAUCCGGCAGUAGGGGUGCGAGAGGAACUUAA